AUGACUAACAUGGACUGUGUCGAGGCCCCUAUUCAUAGGGAACCUCAGGCCAAACUUUUGCACAGUUUACUUUCGUUUUCGGCUCCUCCUGCGUUUGGAAUUCAUGGUCCGCCGAGCAGUGGUAAAACUUCAACGUUAAUGCGAUACUUGGAGGCAUCUGGGAUCAAUUAUUCAGUAGUGAGCUGCGACCAGUGCACGACGACACGAAUUCUCCUCCAGCGGGCCCUGAGAUCGAUUCUCGCCAAGACAGGCACUGGAACUGCAGAAGAGGCAGUUGCAGAGAAUGUCGAGAUCUUUUCCAGUGUGAUCUACACCCAAUUCACCGGGAAUAACUACACCACUCCUCAUGUCUUGGUGCUGGAUCGAAUCGAUCGCCUUCCCGAUAGUAAUGCUGAGAUUUACUCCUGCUUGACUCGUCUACCUGAGCUCUAUGGAAUCACAAACCUUACAACUAUUUUUGUUUACAGCACACCUGAAUCAAAACAGCUAAUUUCAUCGCCUGUGCCUCAUGUUUACUUUCCACCCUACACGCAGGACGAAGCCAUUUCAAUCGUCGGAUCGACCGAUCCAACCGUUUCUGCGCCCGUUCCUGAUCCGCAAACGUAUUGGCGGGAAUUCGUUCGUGUAGCGGUACUGGCGUUGAACCCUCACACUGGCACGGACAUUCGACUGAUCUCGAAGGCAUGCAGUCGACUUUGGCCAUUAUUUAUUGAAGAUGCCGAUCCUAAUUUCAACAAACAGUAUGUGUCCAAGCAAAAGAUUUUCCAGGCUGAGGACUUUAUCAAGCAAUUGGACUCUAGUGAUGAUGGACUAUCGCAGGUGCAAAAGUAUCUUUUGGUAGCUGCUUAUCUAGCCAGCUACAAUGAUAGCCGAUACGAUGGCCGUUUUUUCUCAAGAGCAAAGGAAGCACAUGCAAAACGACGAGAUACGAGGCCUCGCAACACUGUUCAGAUUCCUGCCAGGUCCCUGGCUCCACCCACUUUUGAGUAUGAGCGCUGGUUGGCCAUUUUCCACGCCCUUCUGCCUGAUCCAUUGACUUUUGUGCCAUGUACGGAUGUUGGUACCAGCAUUUCUACCUUGUGCGCACAAAAUAUGGUUGUAAUGUCGCAGGAGGAUCCCUUGGACUCUCGAACAAAAUGGCGAAUUAACAUAUCUUGGGGGCUUGUUGAAUCGUUAGCCAAAGAUAUUGGCAUGUACAUUGAAGAAUAUAUUCUAGAAUGA